AUGCGUGUCACCAGUACAGUCCUUGCAUUGAGUUCGGUUGCAUCCAGUCUGAUUCUUCCCCGUCAAGCAUCAGUCUCCAACUCAAGCACCCCCAAUGUCGCGGCCGCACAGUACGACGGAAAGUGUUUCUACCCCGUGCCCGACACCAAAUUUGACUUGGAAGCCUAUCUUGGUACAUGGUACCAAGUCGCUGGCACGCCAUUCGGUCCUACUGCAGGAGCACGUUGCGUUUCCGCGAACUAUUCACUCAAUGGAAAUGGUACGGUUCGCGUCGUGAACUCUGCAACAGUCGGAUCACGGCCUAUUGAUAUUAUCGGGACUGCAACUCCUGUGGAUUCUGUGUACGGUGCAGGUGGCGCUUUUGUCGUCAAUUUUCCCGGUGCAUCAUCAAUGAGCGAAUGCCCCGGACCAAACUACAUUGUACAAGAUUAUGCUGUCGAAUGGGCCAUCGUACAGACACAGAAUUGGAACACACUCUACAUUCUUUGCAGAGAACGACAACCAGCUCCAGCGAGCAUCGACGCUUGGAUUGACCGUGCUGUGGCGUUCGGCUCAGAUGCGUCUGCUAUUCAGAAAUUCAAUCAGACAGGGUGUGAUGGCAACUAG